CACAACCACUUUCUUUUGUGGCGCCAGCCGUUGCAGUGCUGCCAUGGCACAGAGUGAUGCAAGGCAGGCGGCCUUAUUGUCCAGUGAGCGGAAGUUAGAGGAGGCCAGGCGCCAGAUCCACAGUGCGAACCGAUCUGCUUUGGAGACGGAAGAAGUUGGGUUUCAGACCUUAACCGAGCUGAGCAGACAGCGAGAGAGUGUGGAGCGCAUCGGAGCACAUGUGCAGGAGGUGGAUGAUAACAUCUCAGGGGCACGACGGGUGAUGAUCCAAAUGUAUCGCCGGGCCAUGGCCAAGAGAGCUGCUUUGUGGUGCAUGCUGAUUAUCCUGGUCAUCACCAUUGUCGUCGUUUUCUACUUUUUGGUCAUCAAGAAGGACCACUGAGGUUAAGGGCGCAGCGGCAUAGUGAACGCAUGUGAACGCUUCAUCACUGAUCGAUUGUGAGCUGAUGCCAUGGUGGGUGCUGACCACAAGAAAGCUGCGAGGGCAGCUUUCUCUGGUCUUGUGAGCUUCAAG